CAAGCCUUGUAGAGAAGCUCCAAUCCCCCAAAUAGGUUACUGUAAUUGUUUGUCUCAUAAGUACACAUGAUACCCACAGCUCCGCAAAGCUGGCACGUACUUGGGGCGGGUUCCGUCGGCCUGCUGUUUGCAUUCUACCUACGCAAAGCCGGUCACAAUGUGACCCUCAUCCUGCGCAACGAGGCCGCUAUCCAAUCGUUCAAUAGAUACAGCGGCUCGCGCGUGCACCUGCUGGAGCGCUGGCGGCAGCCGCCCGCCUCCACCACAUGCGGCCCCCCAACCCGCGCAACCGCACCGCCCGCCCGCUUCCAAGCCUCCGAGCCGCUGCAGGCGGUCUGCCUCCCCGCCAACCCCCAGACCAGCUGCCAUAAAACCCAACAUACCCAGCACCAACCCGCACAGCCCCGAGCCCCAGGGUCCGCCGCCUCCCUACCCGCCCUCCAAGCCGCGGCCGCCCUCCUCAAGGGCGCCCCCAUCCAGCACCUGGUGCUAGCCACCAAGGCGCCCGACGCCGUACCCGCGCUGCGGGCCGUGCUGCCGCACCUGGCGCCCGGCGCGCGCUGCCUGCUACUGCAGAACGGCGCGCUGGCUGUAGCAGACGAGCUGCGGCGGGAGCUGGGCGCGCAGCUGGUGCUGCCGGGGCCAGCAGGGCCGGGGCUACUGCCGCCGGCGGCGGCGCGGCGGCCGCUGGGGGGCGGGGCCGACGGCGCUGAAGGGGACGCCGGUGACACAGCCGGCGUGGUUGCGGGAGGCGGUGGCAGUGCGCCACGCGCCAGCGCCGCUGCAGGCGUCAGCACCACCAGCAGCAACGCUGCGGCCGCGGCGCGCGGCGAUGUGCGGUUAUACGUGGGCAGCGUCACGCACGGCUGCUACCGCGCCGCGCCCCCGGUCCACGACGGCCCCACAGUAGGUCUUGGCGGGCUGCUGGUGGGUAGCAUGAUCUGGAUGACGGCGAUCGUGAUCGUGGGGGCGGCAACCUCGCCAGCUACCGCCUUCGUUAUGACCCUCGUCGCUUACGUUGCGACGAUGGACAAUCCACGGGGGGUUGGCGAGAGGGCCCGAGGGAUAGUUCACGCGGGCCGUGGCGCGGUGACGCUGGGUCCGCUGCGGCCGCUGCUCGCCGCGCUCGACGCCCCGGCUGGGCUUGGCGGUGGCAGCAGCGGCAGUAGCAGCGGCAGUAGCAAUGCACCCAACAGUAGCGAAGUGUGCGGCGGCGCCUACAGCACGAGUGAGGUCGCCGAUGAUGCAGCCUUCAUCGCACAGCUGGCCGCGGCGGUGCCGGAGCUGGCCAUCCGUGCGGCGGCGGUGCCGCCGGCGCCGCCGCCGCAGGGCGCGACAUCCGCCUCCACGCCACCCUCUCCCGCACCAACGACACCCGCAUCCGCAACACCCGCAACAGAAGCUGCGGUAGUUGCAACGGCAACGGCAACAAGGGAUGCGAACGCAGCCGCGGGUGUGGCUCAGCAGCAGCAGCAGCAGCAGCAGGCCUCCGCCACCGCUGCCGAAGCCGAAGCCGAAGCCGCCGCUGCGGCGCAGGCGCUGCUGCGGGAGCUGCAUCUCAAGCUGGCGGUCAACGCGGCCAUCAACCCGCUGGGGGCGCUGCUGGGGGCGCGCAACGGGCAGCUGGCGGCGGGCGGCGCCAGCCGGCGGCUGAUGCGGGCGGUGUGCGGCGAGCUGGUGGCGGUGUUUGGCGCCGCCGCCUUCGGCCUUGACGAAUGUGCUGGUGCUGGUGGUGCUGCUGCUGCUGCUGCUGGUGGUGCUGGUGCUGGUGCCGGGGAGACGUUGGCGGCGGUCAGGGAAAAUGGGGAAGCGGUGGCUGGAGAGGAGGGACAACGGCAACUUGUGGAGGAGCGGCAGCCGCAGCGGCAGCAACCGCAGCAGCAGCAGCAGCAGCUGGAGUGCAACGACUGGGCCGCGGAGCGGCUGUUUGCCAAGGUGUGUGCCGUGGCGGAGGCGACGGCCGGCAACCGCUGCUCCAUGCUCGCUGACGUGGAGGCGGGUCGCCGCACGGAGGUGGACUACCUGACAGGCUGGGUGCUGGCGGCGGCGGCGGCGAGGGGGCUGGAUCCAGCGGGGGUGGCGCCAACCAACUGCACGCUGUAUGAGCUGGUGAAGGCCAAAGAGGAGGUUGUGUAGGCGGAGAAGGAGAAGGAGCGGGCGGAGCAGAAGCCUGGAAGGAAGGGGAGCCAGGAAGGUGGAGAGCUAGGAAGUUAGAGAGCGGCAGGGGCCGAAAUAGGGCCAUUGCGGAGGGGCGAUGGUCGGCGGUGCGGAAGGAGGACACUAGAAGCUAGGAGGAGGUGUCAGGGGCUGAAAACGGGGCGUGCGGGGGGGGGGCGAUGGUUGGUGGCGGUGCAGCCAGUUUUGGUGUGACGAGCAUGGUCGCAGGCAUGCGUGGACACUUCUGUCAGGUGUGGAUCAAUACUUAUCGCGGA